CGCUGAGGGUGAAAUGGCUUCUCAACACCAGACUGACUGUCUGACCGAGGAGUUAAAAUGUUCGGUUUGUCUGGAACUCUUUACCGACCCGGUCACCCUGGAUUGUGGCCACAACUUUUGCCGCUCCUGUAUCUCCCAGAGCUGGGAAAACAGGGAGAGCAAAGCCUGUCCCGAAUGCAGAACAGUCUUUGCUAACAGUAACAUGAGGGGCAACUGGGCCCUGGCGAGGCUGGCGGAGAAAGCUCGACGGCUCAACAUUUCCCCGGUGAAGACAGAAAGAAAACUUCACUGUGAGGAGCAUCAGGAGGAACUGAAGCUGUUCUGUGAAACAGACAAGAAACUGAUGUGUGUGAUUUGCAGAGACGCCCGAGAACACAGAACCCACAGCUUCAUCCCCGUAGCGGAGGCUGUUCAGAUCUAUAAGGAUAAAGUGAACUCCUUCUUAGACUCUCUCACACAGAGGAAGGCCGCGGCUCUGGAAGCUGAAGGGAAACAGAAAGAAAAGAUUUCACAAGUUAAGGAACAGGCGGACAUUCUGCAGAACCACAUCACGGCUGAGUUUGCUAAAAUGCACCAGAGCCUCACUGACAGAGAGCAGCGUGAAAUCCGAGAGCUCAGACAGCGAGAGGAGGAGGUUUUACACCGAAUGGAGAAAAAUCUGCGACAGAUUCAGAGCAAAUUAGAUUCUGUUCAGCAAAAGCUCUCAGAGUUACAGAAACAGAUGGAAAAAGACGCUCUCACCUUUCUGCAGGAGGAAACUGCUCGGAAGAGAAGGAUCAGUGAUGAGGGUUAUACACUGUCACUAUCUGAGGGGGAUCUGCCUGUGGGGAUGUUUGAAUGGCUUAUACAGUACACAGUCUGGAGAGACAUGAGACACAGCAUCAGCCCAGCUCCGGCCGCUCUGACUCUGGAUCCUGACACAGCCAAUCCCUGGCUCAUCCUGUCUGAGGACCUGACCAGCGUGAGAUACGGAGACGAAUGGCAGCCGCUCCCUGACACCCCGAAGAGGUUUAGUAAAUCUCUCAGUGUCCUGGGAUCUGAGGGCUUCACAUCAGGGAGACAUUACUGGGAGGUGCAGGUGGGCAACAAGACUGCGUGGAUUGUGGGAGUGGCCACAGAGUCUGUCAACAGGAAACAACCAAUCACUUGGUCACCAGCGGGUGGGGUCUGGGGUGUGGGGAUGGGUGGUGGGGUCCAUGUGGCUCUGACCUCACCCCCCACCCUCCUGCCCCUGACAGUGAGACCCGGGAAGGUCGGGGUUUUCCUGGACUAUGAGGGGGGACAGGUGUCAUUUUACAACGCUGACAACAUGUUCCUUCUCCACACUUUCACCCACACUUUCACUGAGAAGCUUUAUCCUCUCCUCAGUCCCCACCAGAGCGAUGGCGGGAAAAACUCUGAGCCGCUGAGAAUCUGCCGAUUAUAGCACAUUAACAGUGACGUGGUUUUACUUCAGUUUCCGUGUGGUUCACUGUCUGCCGUUUAAGGGGAUACGGGGUGGGAGCGGGCGAUGUGGGGGUGGGGGGGGAUUACGGGAGAAGAUAGACGUUUGUUUCCGCUGUUGACCUUUCUGUUGUAUUUGGGAUCUUUUGAACUAACAAAACUUUGCAUUUCAUGUUAAGUAAUGUAAUUUUCAAACAGAAA